GGGACUUUUCCGGUUCGAGUCUGCGCAGUAGGUAUGGACUUAAGAACAGGAAUAACUUGCAGAAAACCCACAAUGACCACUUUUAUUACCAUCCCUCUGAGCUUUUCUCACCUGUAAUGUGUUCGACAUUUGUCUCUCCCCCUUUACACCUGACUCCUCUUGCAAGAAUCGGUCGCUGUUAAACAGCAUUUUUUAAAAUUUAUUUAGUUCGCUUCCUGAUAGUGGAAAAAACCCACAAUGGCAGAUUCGGAGAACCAGAAAUUCUGUCUGCAGGAGGUCCUGGACAGUUUUAAAUCGUGUCUAUCGCCAGAAAAAGAAAUCUACAUCGAACACUACGUGUAUGGAUGGAGAGGUCUUGUGAAGCUUCUGAACAGUUUGGGGAGCCUCUUUGGUUUCAUUUCUAAAGACGCUGUCAGCAAGACCCAGAUCCUGAUGAACUUCCUGAAGAGUGAGAAUGGCCCUCACUAUGCCACCGUGCAGUCCAUGGUCAAGUUUGAGCUGGACAAUAAACUGGUGGACGUGGACAAGAAGGGCAUCUACCCUGAGUCGGGUUGCCGCACUCUGCUGAGGCUCCACCGUGCAUUGAGGUGGCUUCAGCUCUUCCUGGAACGCCUGAGGACCAGCAAGGAAGACGAGAAGACUUCAGUCAUGUGCAGGGACGCCUACAACGAGUCCCUGGCCCAGCACCACCCGUGGCUGAUCCGUAAGUCAGCCGGCGUGGCUUUCUACAGCCUCCCUGUAAGACCGGCUUUCUUUGAAGUGAUGAACGUCGGCACACAUGAGCAGGUCGUGGACGUUCUGGGGAAGGCUGUGCCUCUCCUUUGUGAGGUGUACGAGAUCACAGAGGAACUUUACCAGAAACACAACCUGCUUGAUUUACCAUAGAAAGGGAACAAGUGCUAGAUUUUAUCUGUCUGUAAAUUAUUCCUGCUGGAGUGCUGUGGAAACUGCUGCUGCUGUAUGAUUAUCCCAGCAUGUGUGCUAUAUCUAUUGAGUAAUUUUACACACUGAUUGUACUUAAGUGCAUUACAAUUUUAGGUAAAAUAUGGCAUGUUUAUUUUGGACUCAUUAUCACGUAAAUUAAAUCAACCAUUUUACUGUUCCUUGCAUGUUCUUUAAAGUAAAAAGCAGGAGGCAUUUGAUAACUGUGGGUACAUUAUUCAUGAACCAAAUAAUUAGUCUUAAAAAUGAUCAACUUCCUAAUACCUAAUAGCAGUAGAUAGCCUAUCAGUUGUUCUAUUUAAAUCUAGUUUCAUACCAUAUAUAAGUGAAAAACAUUGCCAUUAAUUUAAUUGCUUAACUGUAUUUCCAAGCCCAUAUUAAGAGUUAAUACACUGGUCCUAGGGCUGAUGGGGAAUUUAAAUCUACAAAAGCACUGAUGAUGGGUUUCUAAUUCAAUGUAAAUUUUGUUAUUUUAAACUACAUUGUUCGUAACCCUUUUUAUUAAAUAAACGGUGCAGAAUGAUGUUU